GACAGGCAAGUGCAUGAAAGGAAGGGAAGGGUAGGGUUGGGUAAUUCGAGUGGAUUAGCCGGAUGAAGAACUCGAAGCAAUCGGGUCCUCAGGACCCUUUCGCGAAGUUUGGAGCUGGUCUCGUGUCCGACCUUGGAGGAUCAAGGGCAGCCGCGGCAACCUCCAAAGUUGCCAGCGCUGGUCGUAUGCCCCAAGCGAAAUUUGGUGCUCAUCCGCCAUCCUCUCAGCGCUCUCCCGCUCAUCAACCGCCUGUGGUCUCAACCACAUCACCAUUGGGGACACCAUAUCCUGCUCCAACACGUGGACCCCAGACAACGAGGGCAGGGGGAGGCAGUGGACCCCAGACAACGAGGGCAGGAGGAGGCAGUGGACCCCAGACAACGUCAUGGGGCGCAAAAGCAGGGGGGUCAACCCAGCCUCGGACACUAGGCGACGCAUUCUCAUCGCUAUGGAGUUCUGCGAAAUCAUCAACCCCUACACAAGCAGCAACUUCGUCGAAGCCACAGACGGUGUCCCCUCCCAGCACAUCACCUUGCACGUCCCCAGGGGUAGCUUCUGGUCAUCCAGCUGGAUACGGCACUGGCUUUGGAAACAGGACAGGUUUCCCUGAGAUAUCCGCCACGCAGAGUCCUCGAGGACCAUCUCACUCGCGGCCAGUGAACGCUUCGGCUUCUGUCAGAGGUGUGAAGGGUUCUGGUGCGCAGAGCCCAGGCCAAGUGGCUGGCCGAGGUGGCGAUCGCUCUGCAGGGCUACGGGGGGACUCCAAAUCUCAGCAGAGGGCUUCUGGCUCAAAGGGGUUGCACUCGCAGCAGGCCUCUGGCAGGGUUCAAGAAAAGGCAUCGCAUCAGCACCAGCAGCACUUGGCUCAGCAACCGUCACCACAGAUGCAACAGCAGCAGCACCCUGCCAGUGCUCAGGAGAGGCGGCCGUCCCAGCAGCAGCAGCAGCCGGCACAGAAAGAACGGCAGCAGCACGCACAUCAGAUACAACAACAGGAACAUCAACAAGAGCAGCAGUGGCAGCAGAAGCAGCAGCAGGAGCAGCAGCAGCAACAGCAACAGCUGGAGGAGUCAGGAGAGCGGCAUCGGGUGCAAAUGGAUCAGGGAGUGCUGCAGCAGACACAAAAGCAUCGACAACAGCAGCAGGUGCAACAGCAGGAUGUGCAACAGGAGAGUCAUGGGAAGAGGGAGGCACCCGGUCAGCUAGAGUCCGGAGAGAAAGGUCGUCAGCAGGACCAACGUCAGCAAUCAAGUGACGACUCUCAUCAACUGUUACGUGCAUCAAGCAACCAUCAGUGCAGAACCGGCCAGGUAAUUGGGGCAGAUCAACCAGAGGUGGCCUUGGAGGGUGGUGUGAGAGAAGGCGAGAGAGCAGCAAAGAUAGUGAUAGAGGUGGCAUGCAAUGAUAAGGACGAGCAGAAUACAAGGGAUGAUGGUGAAGGUCCAGACUUCGCCGUUGUGAAUGGAGAUGAAAAGGACAAAGUUGUCAAGGCGCAAGAGAUGAAUGUUGCAAACAAGGCAAAGGAAAGUGCACAAACUGGGAGAAUGGCAGUGCCCAGAAAGAAGGAAGAAGAUGAGAAGGAUCAGAAAGAAGAAGGAGAAAGGACUCAGAUGAAAUUGCAUGGUGAGAAGCUGGGGGCAGCAGUGCAAGGAAGCGUGCUCAUGGUUGAGGAGGUGCAAGACAGUAAGGUUUUGCAGAGAGAACUGCCAUGUGAGGGCUUGCAGGAGGAAGAGCAGCAGAGGACGUGUAACUCAACAGGAGUGAAAAACCAGGAACAUGUGGACGAGGUGCAACUGAAUAUUGUGAAGGAAGUAGAGAAUAUGGUAGAAAAGCAUAUCGAAUUCGAGAGCAUGGAAGAGGAGAUACAAAAGACUAGAAUGCAGGAAGAUUCACAGGUUAGGCAAUUGCGGUUGGCGAAAGCGAAGAACACAGAGGUCCAUGAUGAGGCAUGUACAGAACUCGAGGACUACAUGGAUGACGGAGCAGGAACCGGCAUGGUCGAGGGGAAGGAUGAGGACUUAUGCUAUGGACUCGUGGACCAAGAUGAUAUUAAGCACAAUGAAGGCGAGGGAUCGAGCAUCAGGCAGCCAGAAGAUGACAGGAUGAUGUCCAAUCAGUCAUCGAGGGAGGGUGGGCCAGACGUGUCUCAGAGCCUGCCAUAUGAUGCACACCACUAUGAAGAAUCUUCCCCACGCCAGGAUGCGUCAACUGCCGAGUACGGCGGUGGGGUUAGGAUGGCUGGUAAUGGUUUUCCCUCCAGGCAGCAGCUGGAAACACAGAAGCCCACUCUCUCUGAAGCUUGGCGGGCUGAGACGACCGCCAGCAAGGGAAGUGCUUGCCAGGAGCUGCUAGAUGUUUCAGGUACUAGUGCUGACGAGACUGAGAAGCGAAAACCUGGGCGGGGCCUUGCUGAGCAAUCGCCAACGGGCAGCGAACGUGUGCCUGCAACAGAACGUCGCACACUUUCACCUAGAGUGAGUGCAACGGAUGAGUACUCUUCAACUUUUGACGCGCCACUAGGAGGCCAGAGUGAUGGGUCUGUGCCAGCUAACAUUGUCAGCAGUGACGCAUCCUCUUGUUGUCAUGGAACACCUGGUGUGCCAAUUAUUCUAGCGGACACAACUGAGAAGUUACCGAGCAGCGAAGACGAUAUGGCUGUGGAAGAGGAUGACCGGUCUCCUGGCAAGAGGGUUGUGAGAGGGAAGGAAGAGUCGUCCUCUUUUGAAGAGCCCCUGGUUAGCCAGACCACAGAGCCUCGGGGCUUGGCUGUUUCCGAUACUGUGUCAAUGUCAAUAAGUCGAUCGGUGGGGGGUGAUGCUUUAUUUACAUUCCGUGACGUCAAACCCUCUGAUAAUUUGGAGGUUUCUGGUCCUUCAGGUAUCGCAAUCAAUAGGAUCGAAGAGAUGAUAGGAAUGGAGGGUUAUAAGUCUUCUUCUCAGACAGACAGAAUGAUCUCAGAAGAUGUAGGAGGAGUUUCAGUUGACCGGGAUGUGGACUUGAAAGAAAGUUCUUCAGCCUCGGAGGAGCAGCAGCCAGUAUGCCAGCCCCCGGUACUCGAAGGGGUGGACCCAUUUGCCUUCAUUUCAGAAGAUAUUUCACCUUGUUCAGCGAAUGAAAUGUGGGCAGGUGAUGCUGUUGUCGAUGACGAUCCGUUUGGCCUCGUCGGUGCACGCUCCUCAGCUCAUCCCAUGGUUCCUGGCUUCUCAGAUGCAGUGAUGGAUGACGAUAUCAAGAAGCCUCAUGCGUCAACGACGGAGGGUGCCGUAGAUUCUAUUGGCAGGCAUGCGAACGUGAAUGGAAGAUGUGGUCCUUCAACUGCUGAUAGCAAAGAAAAAACUGUCCGGGGCGCAGAGGACAGUGCCGCUCCUUUUAGAUCGGCAUCAGAGAACUUGUCGCCAACUUUACCUGAUACUCCUUGUUCCUAUGAUUCUGUCGGCAAGGAAGAUCCAUUUGACAUUCUGGGCGUCAAGCCCUCUGCGGAUGAUGAGGACACGCCGUGUGCUUCUGCUACUGGACUGGGCAAUGCACAGAGGGAAACACUUGUGGGAGAUGUUGAAAGGUCUUCCACAGUAGGAGGAGGUCAUGGUGCUUGGGUGAAAGACGCCGGCGUCUCCCUUGGUGUGCGGGAGGCUGACUCAUCGAUCACCGAGGAACCGCCGUCACGCCAAAGCUCCGACCCGUUCGGCUUCAUGCUGCAGGAUGCCUCAACGUCUUCGAUUGACAACAAAUCAGAAUCCAAACAUGUCUUCAAUGAUGAUCCCCUCGACUUCUUUGGCGUCAAGGCUGCUACUAUGCCAGCUUCUUUCUCACAGAAUGUACAUGGAGGCUCGCGGAAAACCGCUACCUCGGAUUCGUUAGCUUCCUGUGGAACGGUGGAAGAAACCGACAAUGAUGGUUUUGGCGAUUGGUCUUAUAACUUGUCCAGUGCAGGGAACUGUGCGUCCCCAGCGAAGGAGGCGGACAUUGCCACAGAGCCUUUCGCAUUUGUUGCUGAAGAAGAUGUAAUACCCCCUCAGCUAUCCAAAAAUCGCGGGGAUUUGGGCCUUACAUAUGAUCCGCUAGAUUUCCUGGGUGUAGGGCCUGCCAGGAAGUCCGCAGACGUGUCAGCUGGUGAGCCGGCCAUAGCUGAGAUGCGGUCCAUGGAGCAUGCUGCUGCCCCUGCAGGUGAACGCUCAUCGCCGAAUGUUAGCACCAUGGGAGCAGAAGGUGGUCCAGAUGUCCGUUCGAAGGUCAGCGGGAUGAGCAUACCAGAUUCUUUUGGUGCUGCUCCAGCUUCAAGAGACGAAGCUCAGGAAGAUAGAUGUUGUGAUGAUGAUCUGUUUGGUUUUCCCAGCACACCCCAGGAUCGCUCAUCACCCCUUGCAGAGUCUCCAGGGUGCCAGGCUGGGAUGUCAUCACGGCAGCAGCAGGGGGGUCAAGGCAGUGACCCCUUUUCUGCUUCUUUGUCAGCAGGUCUUGGGGCAAGCCCACAUGCUGGAGAACACUCCUCACACCAUGCCGAUCCUUUUGAUUUUCUGGGGUUGGCUGCCGAACUCCCACAGGUAUCGUCAGCCAAAAGCAGUCUCGUCUCACAAAGAAGCGAAGAAGAAGGCGAUGCUGUUCGGGAAAACUCUGCACAGCAGCAGCAGCAGCAGCAGCAGGGUCAAGGCAGCGACCCCUUUUCUGCCUCUGUGUCAGCUGACCUUGGGGCAAGCCCACGGGCUGGAGAAAACUUCUCACGCCAUGCUGAUCCUUUUGAUUUUCUGGGGUUGGCCGCUGAAGGCCCACAGGUAUCAUCAGCCGAAAGCAGUCCUGUCUUACAAAGGAAUCGAGAGAAAGGCAAUGUUGCUGGGGAAGCCUCCUCACGCCCUAGUGAUCCUUUUGAUUUCAUGGGGUUGGGCACCGAGCACCCGCAGGUAUCACCAUCAGCAACCAAAAGCAGCCCCAUCUUAGGAGAGGAUGAAGACGAGGGUGGUGAUGGCGGAAUGAAGCAGACCCAGUCCAGUCCAGGCAAAGAAGAUCCUCUUCCUCCUUUCAAAUCAGCAGAUUCAGGUCCUCCUCCUGAGGAGCAUUUCGUCGAGGACGAUGGUAUUGGUUUGGAUAGAGAUGAUCCUCUCGCUUUCUUUGGCUCAGGGAGUCAGAGGAACGAAUCGCGCGCGCGAGAAAGCGAUGGGCCCAUCAUUGACGAUUUGAUGAGUUGGGAUGCGCCAUGCAUCAGGGAGCCCAAGAAUGGUCCAAGUUCUGCGCACCAUGAGGAUUCGAUCGGAGGAAAAGCUUCCAGCAGUUCAUCGCGAACGGAUGAGAACCAAGCUCACCAACCAAUGGAGAGAGUUGGUCAAGAGCCUGAUGCCGAGGCCGACAAUGAUCCUUUUGGGUUUGGUUUCAAUUUUGGUCUUAGAGGUUCUGGUGGUCGGAGCAGAGUUGAGAAACAGCAUUCCGCACAGCCGAUGGCUGGCGAUAUCGAGGAUGAUGGUUUUGGGGCAGACAGUGGUCCUUCUGGCUUCGGUUAUGGUACUGACGGUCCUAAGAGUCGGGGCAGGGUGUCAGGGCCGGGAAAUUCUUCACCGGUUGACGCGAGAAAGAGUCAAGGAACCACUAGUAGUGACAACCUCCCACCGGAUGGUGCGACACAGAAGAACACGACUGCAGAUCCAUUUGAUUUCCUGUCUAAUAAUAGAGAACAGCAAGGCCUUGCAGGCUCCAGCCUAAGAGACAGGACGGUCGACCCUUUUGAUUUCCUCGGCGCAAGUCAUCAAUGGGCAGAGUCACCGGAGGAGCCAGCCGGGUCAAGGUCGUCACCACAACAAUCUUUUGCAGCAGCAUCUGAUAGGCCCGCGCAGAAGGGGCAGUCAGGAGCUGACAGAGACUGCGAUCGCUCUAGCGACCCUUUCUUCGAUUCCCCGCCAAUGUCAGCACCAGCACAGUCUUCCGUUGGACAGACCGGAGAAUCAGAAGCAAUGGGUGAGGAUGCUCUCGAUCCGUUCGGCUUCAUGUUAGGUGGAAAGGGGAAGCAAGCAGAGAAGAGAGAUCCGGACCCUACAUCUCAACGGCCGACAGAUGCAGGACCACGAAAGACAGAAUCUGCUGCCCCUGUCCCCACGUCCAUAGAUGAUCUGUUUGGGUUUGUGUGGAGUGCCGAGGGGCAAGAGCAGCCAACACACACAACAACACAGCACCAUCCAGCACCAUCCGCAUCUGCCGACCCUUUUAUGGGUGCCGAUUGGAUAUUCGAUGCCCCCUCGCCGGUUAACCAUCCGGAUGUGAAGGAGGCAGCGCCUUCCGCGCAGCAGCAGCACUCCGAUCCCUUCCUAAACAUGUUUAGCAGUGGGUUCAGCUCUGGUGGUCCCCCCCCACCCAAUACAACAACAACUGCUACAGGAGAAGAGUACGGCACUACUGGGAUGUCAUCGUCGGAUCCUGCGACUAAUAGGGCUGGAGGCAACAUGGCAGGUACAUCUUCCGCUGCGAAUCCAGUGGAGGAGGAGGAGGAUCCUGAUGGCGUAAUGCAACCCCCUUCUGGCUUGUCCCUUCCAGCAGCGAAGAGGCGAGGAGAGGAGUUCUUCAGGCGCGGAAACUUUGCAGAAGCGCUUAAGUACUUCACAUGGGUACUGAUGCUAGCGGACAGGCGCGGACCGAUGGGCGUUGAGUUUUUCGGGACUGCCGACAUUUUACUGAAGCGUGCCGCAUGUUACAAUGGGAUUGGGAGCUAUAAAAAGGCCGUUCAAGACUGCACGAAGGUGCUGGAGCUGCAACCGACAUGCAUUGCAGCGUUGGAAAAACGUGCAAUAUUGUACGAAACGAUGGAGAAAUACAAGCUUGGAAUAGAAGACCUGGAGAAGAUUCUACGCUUCAAUCCCAAUAACAAGGAGGCAACACAACGGCUCUGUAGAUUGAGGAAUGCACUGCGAAUUCUCAUGGACAGCGAUGAGGGGAGAGAGGACAAUGUGAGACUUACACGUUCGGGAGCACUUAGGGGCCCGCACGUGUUCCAGACCCUACAACCGGGAGAAGAAGCACGGCUUCGUGCUGAACGUAGAGCCCAUGCUCUUGUAGCAGCGAGGGCAGAAGCGAACCUAGCAGCUAGGGAACAGGCUGCUGCAGCAGGCAGAGCAGUAGCAAUGUCUAGCGCAGCGGCAUCCUCUGCUGCAUCGUCCGCUGUAUCCUCGUCAAGGACCCAUUUGGGUAUGCCCACAGGGUCCACGGGUACUUCCAGUUCAGUAGGUUCUCGACAGUCUACAAGUCAAAUGGCGGGCUCGCAGUUCAGCCCGUUGACCCCGCGCGAAAGGGAGCUUCUAGAGCUCCAACAGGUCGAAAGGAUCCAUGAACGAUUAGAGAGGGAACUAAAACAGGCAACCGAUAGAGAAAGAGAAAUUAAAAAAAGAACAGCCAGGCUUGAAACGUUAGAGACUGACAAAGCUGAGUUAGAGGGUUUGGAUGAGUCAGGAUUGUCACUGCAUGCGCAUGUGGACAGCCGAUUGGACUUUAUGCAAAACACUCUAGACCAGAUCCUGGACAUUUUGCAAAGGCCAGGAUUUAGGCCACCAGCACAGUCGCGGUUGCUGUUAACGGCGAUGUUAGGCCCCUUUCCCGUACAAGCUGGCACACAACCAAGUGGUACGUCUGCAGCAGUCUCACAGACUGUUGCUUCUUCUUCUUCGGGUCCAGCGGUGGGAGCUACACCACCGCAACAACCUGUUCUUCAGCAAGGACAGACGCAAGGUCUAUGGUACCCUAAGACCCCUAUGAAACCGCCUCUCGCCUUCUCAGGCGAGAAGAAGGACGAAGAACUCAACACUUGGUUGAGAACAGUUCCGGUUUGGGUAAAGGCGAAGAGGACUUUGCAGGAGGAGGAGGUGAUUACUGCCACAUCUUACCUUGAGGGUAAGGCAGCCAAAUGGCUGGAUGGUGUAGUUACAAAGGUCGGGUAUGGGAGACACAUGGCGGACUGGGCUAAGUUUCUUGCGUUAUACCAGUUCUUGGAGAUGGUAGAAGCUCGCUGGCACAAUCCUCAGCAGGCGCAAUUGGCCACUGAUGCGAUAAACAGACUAGACCAACGAAAGUUUAAGUCAGUCAGAGAACUUACGACUACCUUUGAAAGCCUAAUCGUCGUUCCUGGUAUCAACUACGAUAACCAGUUCUUAUUGAUAACGUUUGUGAGAUGUCUCCCAGAGAAUCUCAUAAACUUGCUGGCCAGCGAGGCACGCCUCGAGACAUUGUCUAGAAAAGCCUUAGAUCUAGAGGCCACUCUAGGGAAUGCUCAACCUACUCAGAAUGACACGAGGAAGAAGAAGAGUCCGCAGGAAUGGAAGAAGAAGGGGGCUAAAUUAAUGAUGGUUGAGUCCGAUGGGACUCAAACAGAAAUUAAUGAGCUCACAGACCAGCUGGAGAUUUCAAAGUUUGACGGCGAGAAGAUCGCUGAGGGUAGCACCCUCGCCGCAGUAGUCAAGGCUAAGGCGGGUGGCCGAGGGAAGGGCCAUCCAACGAGUCAAGGGAAGGCCGCCUCCAAUCAGACCAAAGUGGCUGAUUGGGUCAAGGCAGGUCUUGAUCAAGACGUGUGGCGGGACCGCCGAGUGCGUGGCGCUUGUAUAAACUGUGGUGAAUACGGACACACCCAGUACAAGUGCCAGAACGCAAAGGUCACGCAGAAGAUACCUCCUAAGAUGGGGGCAUCUUCUUCCCAGGCUUCUAGCUCGGGAAACACUGAUGAGUGCGAGGCUGCUUUCAAACGAUUGAAGCAUCCACUCAUGAAUCAUGAGGUUCUCAUGGUGCCCGAUCCUCAGAAGCCGUUCAUAGUGACCACUGACGCAAGCCAUUACGACAUUGGCGCAGUGCUGGCUCAGCAGGAUGGGAAGAAGUUGAGACCGAUUGAGUACAUGAGCAAGAAAAUGCCAUCGAAGAAAUUGGCAAAGUCCACCUACGAAAGGGAACUCUAUGCUMUCUACAAGGCACUUGUCCAUUGGAGACACUUUCUGUUGGGACGGUUCUUCUACUUGAGAACUGACCAUCAGACGGUCAAAUGGAUCAAGACUCAACCGGCUCUUUCUGAUGCACUCAAGCGCUGGAUUGAGGUCAUAGAUCAGUAUGACUUCAAGCUUGAGUAUCUGAAGGGAGAGUACAACAAGGUUGCUGAUGCGCUAUCUCGUAGAGCAGACUACCUAGGGGCGCUAGUUUCCGAGUUUGGUGUAUCUCAAGAAGUAACUCAAUCGUUGGUGGGAGCCUAUCAGGAAGACCCUGUCACGAUGGACAUCAUUCGCAAACUUCAGGCAAAAGACAAGGCCACAGAGAAUGAGUUUGUGAUGGUGGAUGGGUUACUCUUUCUUGAUAAGGCCGGGUGUAAAAGAUUAGUAGUUCCAUCGAGUGAGAGUUUGCGUAGUUUAUUUCUAGGAGAAUGUCAUGACGCAACUGGACACUUUGGCUACAAGAAGACGAGUGUCAAUCUAGUCCAGCGAUUUUGGUGGCCUGGAAUGCUAGAUGACCCAAAGAAGUAUGUAGAGACCUGUCAAGUCUGUCAGCGGGACAAGCCGCGAACUCAGGCACCGCUUGGGUUGCUAAAGCCCUUACCUAUCCCCGCUGGUCCAGGACAAAGUGUUUCCAUGGAUUUCAUGGACACCCUGGUGACCAGUAAGAGUGGCAAGAGGCACAUUUUCGUCAUCAUCGAUCGAUUCACCAAGUACACUAGAUUAGUUGCCAUGCCAGAGACCGCCAGGACGGACCACGUCAUCAAGUUGUUUAUGGACAACUGGGUGCGUGAUUUUGGACUUCCAAAGUCAAUCGUUAGUGACAGAGAUGUCCGAUUCACAAGUGAGCUGUGGAAGAAGACUGCUGAGCAGAUGGGCAGUCAACUUCAGAUGACUUCAGGGAAUCAUCCCGAAGCCAACGGGCAGGCCGAACAAAUGAACAGAGUUGUACAGCACUUGCUGAGGCAUUACAUCAAGCCCAGCCAGGAUGAUUGGGAUGAGAAGUUGCCUCUCAUCGCCAGCCUGUACAACAAUGGUGUACACAGCAGUACCGGCGUCAAUCCUAAUCAGCUGCGCUUGGGAUGGAAGCCUAGAUCAGCUCUAGACUUCCUCCUACCUGAGAACCGAUCCUCUGCAACUCCAGGCACACUUGAGUAUGGUGUGCAGUAUGAGAAGUUGCUGCAGCAAGCUGUCGAGCACAUCAAGAAAUCUCAGCAAGCAAUGAUUGCUUCUGAGAACAAGCACCGACGACAGUCCUCAUUUCAGGUAGGGGAACGUGUCUGGGUCAAGGCUACUGAGCUAGGACAGGAAGUCGGGAUCUCUCGUAAACUAAUGCCACAGUAUUUUGGUCCUUGGGAAGUCUUGGAUGUAGUGGGGGAUGAGAUGGAUGGUCCUACCUAUGUUAUCCGUAUCCCUGGACACCUACGCACUCACCCUCACGGGGGUCUCGUAUAUGGACAAAGGCGUAAUGUUGACAGUACCAUUCCAUAAUCUCUCUCUCUCUCUCUCUCUCUCUCUCUCUCUCUCUCUCUCUCUCUCUCUCUCUCUCUCUCUCUGCAUGUCGGUAGAGAUGUGACUCAGAAGCACUUCGCUGCUGUGAGAACGAAGUAUGUUGGACUCCCUUUGCUGCUGUGAGAACCAAGUUUGUCAGACUCCCACGCUUUCACUGGAGCUCUGUGGAAUGUAGAUGUGACACCUCGUCAAAUCCUGGGACGCCACACAUUCAGCAGGGUUUGGAGUCGUGCUGCUUGCAUCGCCUCAACACUAAA